AUGCUGCGCCGCACACUGCGAUGCCUCUUCGAACAGGAGGGACCUUUUACGCUGGGGCGGGCCGUGAUGGCAAAGGCUCGCCCCGUCCACACUAGCCCGAGCACGAGGAAGGGCACCCCUUUGCUCCAUCACGGCGACCUCGCGGAACCCACGCACGACAGUGCCGCCGGCGCAGAUGUGUCAGCAGCCCUGGCUGCAUCCUCACCACCGCCACCAGCAGCGGCCCUGCAGUCGUCGAAGGAGCAGCAACACGGAGACGUCUCUGAGGAUGCGUACAGGUUCUUGCUGCAUCACAUUGACUCGGAGAUUGUGGCUCUAAAGCGACGCAUCACGACGGUGGCGAAGCAGCGGGAGGCGGUAGAAAACAAUCAGACCCGCCGCAUCCGUGAGCUCUUUGAGUGCAUGGAGCGGCCCUGGCUGAUGCUCGAGUCCAUCCCCGUCCCGCAGCUGCCCAACCGGGCACUAGAGGUCUACGCGAAGGAGUUGUACAUUAAACGGCACGGACCUGAUGCGGGGAGUUUUGAGCAGGACGCCGUCUUUUUGGAUGCCUGCCGACGGAACUGGCGGGGUCUGCCGCUUGAGCAGCGCAAACCGUAUGAGGUUGCCGCACGGCGCAACGAGCACAUGCGGAGGGAGCUGAAGAAGAAGCUGUCCAACGGCUGCUCCUUCUUUGAGGGCUUCUGUGAACAGCUGCGGGAGUGCACGGCGGAGACGGCACGCAACGAGAAGAUGAUGCGGCCGCUUGACGCCGGCCAGGCCACACCACCGCGGGGCAACGCCUCAGCGACGCGAAAGAAGGCCCAGCCGCUGGCAAAGAUGACGCACACGGCGGUGGCCCCCGCGCCGGCGGAGGUGGCAGACUCCGCGCGAAAGAGGGGCAGCCGGGCAGCAAAAAAGCGCGGCUCACGCCAUGCGCGGCGGGCGCCCACGUGCAAAAAGACGGCGGUGGGGAAUGCGGCAGCCCCCACACGCGCCGCUGCUGCGCAGAGGGCGCAAACACUGCGGCGGCAGCGGCCCAAGCUGAAUAGAGUGCCGAGGGCGAUGGCGCAUGCCCUCAAGAGGUCCGCGGCGAAGAGAAAGCGGAGCCACGCACGAUGA